UUUAAAAAGACUUCUCCUAAAUUGCCAAAUAUCGCUUAAGUAUAUAUUGAAAGGGAUUAAUCUUGAUAAGAUAUUUCCUUCAGAAAAUAUUUUAUCGCUGUAAUUUAAGAAUUAAUCCUUCAAUUUUUUAGAGAGAGGAAAGGACAAUAUUCGCAUUAUCCUGGUGUCAGAAUGGGCAUAGACCUGAUUUAAUUGAAUCAUUACAUUUCUGGAUUACCUUCGUCCAAAAUGAACUAUUAUAUAGAACGUGACGCGAGGACCAAAAGUCAAAAUUACUCAAAACGGGAAGUGGAAGCCUGGAGCUCGUCCGAAGCAAUUGCAGGAUUGGAAUCAUAUGAGAGCAUUAAACAUUUCUCCGAUGUUGAGAAGAUUGGUGAAACACCAGAUUUCAAGAUGAGUCAUCACGCUUUCCAGUUGUCAAAUGGUGCUGCGUUAUUCGAGAAUGGUGCCAUAAAAGUAACUGCCGAAUUAAACUCAGAACCUGGUGGGACAACACUACAAGAAAGUUGUACGACAGACGUGCAGCAGCAAAGCCUUCUAUUAAGAUCAGUGUAGGCUGGAAAUAGCCGGCUUAAUAGGCAUAUGAUCGAACCCAUUGGGAGAGGCAGUAGAAUGUCUAUGAAGGUAGAAAAGUUAGGUAAGAAGAAGAGGAAACCACAGUACACAUUUGUUGCUGGGUUAGCCUGAUA